AGAUGAAGGUUUGGCUGCUAGUGGUUCUUCUGUUGGUGUCCGAAGCACUGGAGAAUGUUAUUGGCCAACAGCCUCCGAAGAACAAGCGCCCAAAGGAGCCAGGAGAGAACAAAAUCAAGCCUUCCAACAAAAAAGUGAAACCCAAAAUUCCUAAAAUAAAGGACAGGGACUCACCUGAUUCAAUGCCAAAGACGCAGUCUAUAAUGAUACAAGUGUUGGAUAAUGGUCGCUUCCAGAAGCCUGCUGCUACCCUGAGUCUGAUGGCUGGGCAAACUGUAGAGCUCCGAUGUAAAGGAAAUAAGAUUGGCUGGAGCUACCCUGCAUAUCUUGACACCUUUAAGGACUCUCGCCUCAGUGUGAAGCAGCAUGAGCGCUAUGGCCAGCUGACCCUGGUCAACUCCACUGCAGCUGACACUGGCGAAUUCAGCUGCUGGUUACAGCUCUGCGACGGCUACAUCUGCAGAAAUGACCAGGCCAAAACAAGCUCCACCUACAUCUUUUUCACAGAGAAAGGAGAACUGUUUGUACCUUCUCCCAGUUAUUUUGAUGUUGUCUACUUGAACCCGGACAGACAGGCUGUGGUUCCUUGUCGAGUGACCGUCCUGUCAGCCAAAGUCACACUCCACAGAGAGUUUCCAGCCAAGGAAAUCCCAGCCAAUGGAAAGGACAUUAUGUACGACAUGAAGAGAGGCUUUGUGUACCUGCAACCUCACUCUGACCACCAGGGGGUGGUCUACUGCAAGGCUGAGGCUGGGGGCAAGUCUCAGAUCUCUGUUAAGUACCAACUGCUCUACGUAGAGGUUCCCAGUGGACCUCCAUCAACAACCAUCUUGGCGUCCUCAAACAAAGUGAAAGGUGGGGAUGAUAUCAAUGUCCUCUGCACUGUCCUAGGGGAGCCUGAUGUUGAGGUGGAAUUCAGGUGGAUCUAUCCAGGGCAGAAGGAUGAAAGGCCUGUGACGAUUCAAGACACUUGGAGGCUGAUCCACAGAGGACUUGGACACACCACAAGAAUCUCCCAGAGUGUCAUUACAGUUGAAGACUUUGAGACCAUUGAUGCAGGAUAUUACAUUUGCACUGCUCAGAAUCUCCGAGGACAGACUUCAGUAGCUACCACUGUUGAGUUUUCCUGACUUGGAAAAUAAAGUAUAAUGAGCUGAUGGAAAACCCAUGUGUGUCGACAAUAAGCUUUGAGGUUCUUUUGACCAGUGGUUAGCCAGGGGCUGAUGUCAAGUGCCAAUCCCUAUCCUUUGCCAUGUGAGUCAGACCUGGGCAUCCAAACUAAAAGGAAGUCACCCGGUCUAAUAAUAGAAGUGUUAAUUUUUCUAACAGAAAGCAUGUAUUUUGAUUGCUUGCCUACAUACAUGUUUCCAGUGUUUAUAUUAAGAAAGCAUAUAUGUGAACAACUUUAUAUAAUCAUUUCUAUUAAAUGAGCAAGUUUUUGUAAAAAAUGAAAAAUGGGCUAAGUGUU